AUGUCUAAGGACAACAUCACCGUUAGAGAGGAGCCGCAGUCCGAGAUCUUUGUUGAGGACGAGUCUGCGAUCCAUAAGCAUGGAAGCGACUCCGUUUUCGAUGUUUUGGGCGGUAUUCAGCCCGAAGAGCACUCUGUGAAGUCGGUUCCUGAUUCCCCGGCUCCCCCUUCCUACCUGGGCCAGACUGACGACGAGAACAACGACUACCUCGGCCAGAACGUCCGAGAGGUCGACUCUGUGCUCUCUCCGUCCGGAACGCGACCCACCGUCCAGGAGGAAGAAGAGGAGGGUACCACCGACACAGAAUCUGGAGAGAAGAAGAAACGACACCACUUGUUUGAUUUCCUGUGGGAAAAACACUUCUGGAUCAUUUUCAUUCACGGCCAGAUUCUUGCUCUGUGUCUUGUCGCCACAAACACCUUCUCUUCCAAGCUGGCUAACGGUGGAGUGUCUGUUCCUGCCUUUCAGUCGUUUGUCAACUACUGCCUGCUGAACGUGGUGUUCACUCCCUACACCAUCUACAGAUACGGCUGGAACAAGUGGUUCAAACUACUGAUUCGAGACGGUUGGAGAUUCUUCAUCUUGGCCUUUGCCGACGUCCAGGGUAACUACUUUAUCGUCAAGGCUUUUGCAUACACAAACCUGCUGUCUGCUCAGCUGCUCAACUGUUGGGCCGUCGUCAUGGUCUGCAUUCUGUCCUUCUUUUUUCUCAAGGUCAGAUACCGAUGGGCCCAGCUUGUGGGUAUCUUUGUGUGUAUUGCUGGUCUGGUUCUUGUCGUCGUUUCUGAUGUGCUAACGGAUAAGGACUACAAGGCCAAGGAUAUGGUCAAGGGUGAUAUCUUUGUCAUUAUUGGUGCCUCUUGCUACGGUAUCUCCAACACUUUUGAGGAGUUCCUUGUGUCAGAGCGACCUCUCUACGAAGUUGUCGGACAAUUGGGAUUCUGGGCCAUGUUCAUCAACGGUGUCCAAUGUGCUAUUUUCGACAGAAAGGAUAUGCGUGAUGCACAGUGGUCCGGAGAAAUGGGAGGCUGGUUUGCAGGUUUCACCCUGGUCAUGUUUGUUAUCUACACCACCGCCCCUAUUUUGUUCCGAAUGUCCUCCGCUGCCUUCUACAACAUUGGUAUCCUUACCAACAACUUCUGGGGUCUGCUGAUCGGUAUCAAGGUCUUUGGAUACACCGUUUUCUGGUUGUACCCUGUUGGAUUCGUCUUCAUCAUCAUUGGCCAGGUUGUCUACUUCAUGCUGCCUGGUACUGUUCAGAAUGAACACAACAAGCCGUGGCUUGGUGAGAACCAGGAACGAGGUAUUGCUGGAGUCGGAACUGCCAAGAAGACCACUGUUGAGGUGGACUCUACCUUGAGCAGCAGCAGCGAUGAAUCUGAACAUGUUCAACAGGAGACUGUUGAUAUUCCCCAAAAAGUGUAA